GAUUAUAACAGUCAGUAUGAGGGCAGGUUCAACUGAUUGAUGUUCCAUGAUUGGUGACAUAAUUUCCUGUUGUCUUUGCAUGUUUAUAGGCUCAUUAGCGCUUAUUGUAUGAUUUGGUUGUUGGUGGCAAGUUAAUAGCUCUUAAACCGAGUUUAAUUGGAGUACAGCUUCAGCGCAUGAACAACCUGUGAGCAGGGAGGGACCAACAUAACCAUAAACAUACAUGCAGUUGGAUCCAUCCACCAAAAAGAAACAAAGCUUGAAUGAAAACACUUCUUAGAGUGAGUGCGCUUUAGAACAACAUUAUCUCCAUUUAAAUAUUGGUUAUCUCUAGAUUGAAAUUUACCUUUGUCAUUCAUCCAGGAGAACCGUGCUAAGUUUUGAGUGCCUAUAAUAUUCUAGCCUUUUGUGUUUGUUAGUAAUCUUCGUGUUACUUGAAAAGUAGUGUGCCUGUUGCAUCCUGUAACGUGUCAAGUUGAUCAUCUAGUCAAGAAUAUUUGGUUGAAACUAUUCCACAGCCAUGGUUAACUAAGGUCCAAGCCUUACCCCUACAGGACUCAUCAAUAAGAGAUGGAUGAUCUACUAAAAAACGACGCGGACCCUUAUGCGGUUUUGCCUGACCCGAGUUUCCAUCUUUAUCCCGUUGUACCACCAGAGCUCACGCCGACAACCGAACUCCACGACGACUGGAUUUCUUCGGACGCGACUUUCUCGACUGUGGACUCUGGUUAAAUCAAAUUGCUUUGGAUCAUCUCUAGAUUGACCGAGCUUUCCGCGCCAUAUUGGCUAUUUUGAACGUUUUCCCAGGAAAGGGUGCUUAUUUCUUCCACUUUCCACUUACUUUCCUUGUUUCUUUAAUAUUGGGUAGAAAUGCCCUGAUAAUGUUUGAUGAAAUGCCAAAACCAAGAAUGUUUGAUAGCUCUUGGUCCUUUUUCUUAUGAUUGGAAGAUUUGUUAUUUUGGGUGAUUAUUAUGGUAAUCUCUGGCCUUUCAAGGGUUAAAGUUCCUUUUUUUUUUUUUUUUCCCUUCUGUUUAAAAAUUAAACCUUCUAGGUUCUCAUGAUUGAACAAUUUGUUAGGAUGAAUAAAUGAAUUUCUGUUUGAUCUGAAAAUGAGUAUUUUGUGAUUGAACAUAUGGCAUCCCUUACUCAUUUGAGUGGUUGAUUCAUCUGUUUUGUCAGUCUAUUUUCAGAUUUUUAAGAAGCCUGAUUCUAGUUUUGAAUUUUCCAUGUUCUUGGUUUGAUUUCUGUGAUUUUUGAUACUCCUGGUUAAUGAUCAAAACUAAAUGGGGAUUAUUCACCAUGCAUUGGUUUUUUGCUUGUUUGCCGCUUUUAUCUAGAGUUAUUUUCCAUUUUUUUAGCAUUCUGAAGUUUGUGUGCUCUGUUUUACCUCUAAAAACAUGAUCCUCUGUCUCUUAUUGGAUUGUCAUGUACAUAGGGUUGAAAUUGUUAAUUCUUAUCCCUUAGAAAUAUGAAUUUAAGUCAAUCUUAUUGUGGUAGGUUAUGAGCUUCCUGGAAAUAAUACUUGGAUAUUGAU